AUGCGCCUUCAGGUUUGCUCCCCUCACAAUUGUGCUAACACCUCUCUCAAUUGGUACAGCACGAUCUCCCUAGGAAAAUAUGGCUCCUUUCCAAGCAAUCUUAUCAUCCAUCGCCCUUUCCACCUUACCUACGAGUUGCAAGACAAGAAGCCCGGGGAGAACUUUAGCAGGUUACGAGUCGUCCCACCCGAGGAGCUCUACGCCGACAUCUUCGCGGAAGAAGCAGCAGCCGCCGGCACGUCUGGCAAGGACAAAGACGCAGUGGACGACUCUGACAAGAUAAUAUCUGCAAUGGACGAAUUCGAGUACAGCCUCGUCGACAAUGACACCGGAUCGGUGCUGGUGCGCUCGAACCGCGAGAUUCUCGACGACAGUGCGCGGCAGACGCUCACCAUGAAAGAGAUUGAAGUGCUCAAGAGGGACGGCACUGAUGCCGGGAAAGAUCUGAUCGCGAAGCUCAUGCUCUCUCACACGGCGCUCGACCAAAAGACAAGCUUCAGCCUCGCAAAAUACAAGCUUCUCAAGACGAAGAAAUACAUCCGCCGGUUCACGGUGCUACCGUUGGACCCUACGCUCCUUGGACAGUGGCAACUGAACGAGAAAGAUGGGUCGAGGAUUCUAGACAUGAGGGAGGAGAUGCUGGGUCUGCUGGGCUGCUGGGGCAAUGUACACUGCGGCGGAGAGGCGAUAUUCCUGCCGGAGACCAUGCCCACGGGACCCACCGCAGACGAGGAUGCUAUUCGGGAGGUUCUAAAAAAGAGGGAGCCGGAAGGAGUGAGGUACUUGGUUGUUGACGAUACAGGUGGAUUCCUCGUCGCAGCCAUGGCUGAGAGGAUGGGCAUACUCUACUCGACGGAGCAAGAUCAGGGGGCGGUUGAUAACGAAGCUCCCGUCAAUGGGCCCGCGUCAAUACCUAAGGCAGAAACGGCGUCCACAGAGACGGCUCAUGAUGAUGUGGUUAUGGAGAAUGGUGACGAAGCUGCACCUCAAGCGUCUGGCCUUGAGGCAAAGGUCGACACAGAGGGAGACGCCCCUGCAGGAGCUGAGGCACAACAGACUUGCCAGCAAGCAACGCAGCAGGUUACGCUCCCACACAAACCGUAUAGACGACCGCGGCACCCCACCUAUCACGAUUUCCAUAUCCCAUUCAGUCUCACCAACACCAUGACAAUGAUUCACUCCAAUAGCCAGCCGAAUCUAAGCUUCCUGAAAUACUACGGCUUUGACGACACCGACCUAAUCAAUUCCACUCACCCACUCGUGAACCAUCUCCUGACUAUGAGUUGGUUACAGCUUCUCGACCCAGAGCAAGACUCGACGUACACUGCAGAGCCGGUAAGCAAGUCAGCCGAAGAAGUAUCGAAGUGGAAGGCCAAUCGCAGAGGCCAAUACCACCGAAAGCGUCGGAGAUGGGCUCGGACGCGGUACAUCAUCGACAGCGCGAGAGCGGGAGGGUUCUCCGGACUUGUGGUGGCAUCUACAAUGACACCGAUUUCGGUUCUUCGGCCUUUGUUGCCCCUUCUCGCAGGAGGCGCUUCGGUAGCGGUGUACUCGCAGGCACUUGAGCCUUUGACUGAACUGGCGGAUUGCUUCAGCGUCUCGCGCCGCGCCGCGUGGAGCGGUCACAAUCGGCCUGUCGAGACUGAUGGCAAGACCGUGGAGGAGCUGGAGAACUGGCCGGGAAGCGAUGAGUUCCCCAUCAACCCAACUUUAUUGCAGGGUGUGCAGAUACAGACAAGUCGUGCAAGGAAGUGGCAGGUCCUGCCAGGCCGGACGCAUCCCUUGAUGACUGCCAAAGGUGGCGCCGAAGGUUACGUCUUCACGGCCUGGAGAGUCAAACCUGUCGAGGGAAAGGUGGAGGCACGGGGAAAGUUCAAGAAGAGAAAGAUUGGCGGUGGUCCAGAGGGCCAAGAUAGUGCUGCCGAGACACCAGCGGCCUAG